GUGAACACGACAAAAUUCUCGAUAGUUUGAAGAUGUCGGCGGGUAACGAGUGGUUCUUAGCAUUUGUAGGUAUUUUCUUUGUUGUUGUGUUCUUACUAACGUUCCUUAAAGAGUUCUUUCGAGGUAUACAACUCUAUUUGAUACCCAAGUUUUUCUCCAGAGAUUUAAAACAGUAUGGAGAUUGGGCUGUCAUUACCGGUGGAAGUUCUGGUAUAGGAAAAUACACAGCUUACGAAUUAGCUAAAUCUGGUUUGAACUUAGUACUUGUCAGCAAUGAAUUGGAGCAACUGAAGUCUACAGUAGAAGAUAUCAGUGGGAAGUUUGAUGUGAGGUGUUGUUACGUUCACGUUGAUUUUACUGAAGAAUGGACUGUUUACGAUUAUCUGUGGAAUCAAAUCGAAGAUAAAGAUAUUGGAAUAUUUAUAAAUUGUGCCGGCAUUGACGGUAAAUCACCCAUUCAUUUUCUAGACGAGUCGGAAAGAAACAUCUUGACUAUGAUUACGUUGCACGUUGACACAGUAGUUAAUACUACAUACAGAAUGACAAAUUAUUAUCCAAGAAAGAAGAAUGGUGUUGUAGUAAACGUAUCUUCAAUGGCUUCCUCUUUUCCUAGCCCAUAUUUUGCUACAUAUUCUGCUAGCAAAAAGUUUGUAGACGUGUUUACUAAAGCAGUAAAUGUUGAGUUAGAAGGUAAGGAUAUUAUUUUGCAGUCUCUUACACCGUUUUUUGUUAAUACUCCGAUGGGUCAUAACAAGCCAUAUUUAGAUAAAUUGUGGAUAUUUUUUCCUUUAUGUCAAACUUUCUGCGAAAGUUGGGUUAAGUGUAUAGGAAUAAAUAAGAAUUUUACUGGUUACUGGUUACACGAGGUUUUAGCUUACAGUUUACGUUAUUGUCCUAGAUUUGUAUGGAAUUUCGGUUUACAAAAAAUGUUCGACGAGUCGGAAAAAUUAAAAAAUAACGUAGCAAAUAAUGUUGAAUCGAUCGGUUAAAUCGUCGGUUCCAAGCCUGCUUUUGAGAGAAAACUUUUGUUUUAUGGUCGAACAGAGAAAGGUUUUUUGGAAA